AUGGAACUCAACCGAGAACAUUUUCGCGCCAUAAUUUAUUACAACUUUCAGAGACAAUUACCGCAACAAGAAUGCCUUGCUGAGUUACUGUCUGUUUUCGGCAACGAAGCGCCAUAUCAGUCGACAAUUUCCCGUUGGUAUGGAGAAUUCAAACGUGGACGGGUGGGUCUUAGCGUCGAUCCCAGGGUGGGUGCACCAAAAACGGCAGUCACCCAGGAAAACGUCGAUGCUGUGCACAAACUCAUCAUUGAAGAUAGACAUGUGACAUAUGGCGAGAUUGAGGCGUCCUUGAAGAUCUCAAAGAUCUCAAUUCAAAAAAUUUUACAUGAAGAAUUAGGAGUAAGAAAAAUAGUUUCUCGAUGGAUGCCCCACCUAAACUCAAAAAAUGUGUACAGCAUUGUUAGUGAUGAUGAAUCGUGGAUUUACUGUUAUGAACCAGAAAAUAAACGACAGUCGGCUGUUUGGGUGUUCCAAGGUGAAGAAAAGCCAACAAAAGUCAUCCGUUCUCGAAGUGUUUCGAAAAAGAUGGUCGCGACAUUUGUAACUGUUACUGCGGAUUGGUAUACCACCAUCUGUUUGCCAAAAGUCAUUACCGAGCUUCGAAAAAUCAGCCCCGAAAGAAGAAUCAUCCUCCACCAAGACAAUGCAAGCUCGCACAUAGCCCAAAGAACAAGGCAGUAUUUAACGGAAGAAAACGUUGAAUUACUGGACCAUCCUCCAUAUAGUCCCGAUCUAAGUCCUAACGUUUUCUUUACUUUCCCGAAAAUUAAAAACAGACUGCGUGGUCGAAGGUUCCAGUCACCAGAAGAAGCAGUUGACGCAUUCAAAAAUGCCGUUUUGGAUCUGCCAGAAAACGAGUGGAAUAAGUGCUUCGAAAAUUGGUUCGAUCGCAUGCAGAUGUAUAUUCAUCUUCGUGGAGAAUACUUCGAAAAACAAUAAAGUCAUUUAAAACUA